AUGUUUGUUUGCAAAGAUAGUUGGCUCCCUGAUAAUAUUGACUUCAAGCUCCUUGGUUCCGUGAGAGGUAUAGAUAGAGAAUCCAAGGUGAGUGAUCAUAUUGAUGGUGACUUGGACUUAUGGAAGAGGGAAUUGAUCUCCGCUAGUUUCGACCUGGAGGAAGCAAAACAAAUUCAAAAAAAUAUUUUGCCUUCAAAAGAUAACCUCCUCAAGAAAGGUAUCAGGUUAGAUGUUUCAUGUUCUCUUUGUCAUUAUGUUGUUGAAUCUGCAUACCAUCUCUUUUUACAAUGCGAGUUUGCAAAACAAGUUUCAUUUUCCUCUAUUCUUAGCUACCGUGUUUCGUCUGAUAUGGAGAUCAAUGAAUGGUUGUUGAGUUUGUUGACUUAUGGUGACAUGUUGAGCGUCCAAUUGUUGUGUUCUCUACUCCAAAAGAUUUGGAAUGCUCGUAACUUACAAUUGUACCAACAAAAGAGUUUGAAUCCGAUUAGGGUGGCUGAGGUAGCCCUUGAGUGUGUGCUUGAAUUUAACAAAUGGAAUCCUGAGGUUGGCGCUAAGAAAAAGCUGCUAGUGCACUCUGAGUUGGAAAUUGUCCCCAAGAAUAUUCAUGUUUUGCAGGUUGACUCAGGUGUGUUCAUGGAAGGCUUUGUAUCCUAUGGAUGCACUAUCAAGAAUCAUAGGAAACUAUUCUUGCUUUUAGUAGGAAAGGGUUUAUCUCAGUUGUGUGGUGGAUGA